AAGAAAAAAGGUUAAAAUCGUAGUGCUAAAAUACAAAAAGUUCUUAAAACAGUUUAAACAUAGCAAGCACCAAUCAUGAAAUAAGUGCACAGGAAAACAAAAGUGUUCAGUGAACUGAUUGUUGCAAACAAUAACAAGCAAAAAGUUAAGCCGAAUCCGCAGACAUCAACCAGCCAGACAGAGGAAGAAAAUUACGCGCAAUUAUCAGCCAUGACCACGCUGCUGAAAAAUGUCACCAACAGCAUCUGGCACGCGUUCAACACCCUCCAGCAGGACGGCUCCGGGUUCGUGGGGAAGUCGAAACUUAAGGUCCUCACGGCCAACAUCGCCACCCUGUUGGAUCUGUACGGCGUCGAGCGUGGCCUGGACCACUACCGAUCCACGCCGACGCUCAACUUUGACCACUACCUCUACUACCUCGGGCAGGAAGUGUUCUCCUCACUGUCCGCCGAGUUGCCCCUGUCCCUGCUGCGGAACUACGAAACCAAAAUCGACGAGGUGUGCUGGCUGGUUUGCCACAAAGACUUUCACAUGAACGAUGCGUACUACAACGAGGAAGCGGUCUACCAGCUGUUUCGGAUCUUCUGUAUGAUGGCGGAUUUGUACAACGAUGAUCUGGACGACAACCAGUUUACGGUCAAGAUCCACCCGUCGGAGGCGUUGAUCGUGGUGAAGCAAUUGCUCAACUCACUCGGUUUGGACUACAACAACGAGGAAAAGUACGACUACCUGAAGAAGUCGGACGACAGUCUGGAGUUUAACGAGUUUCUGGAGAUUUUGAGAUUCAAAGACUAUGACAAGGUGAACGAUUACGUAGCAUCGAUCUGCGAGGCGAUCGGAGACAUCUAUCAGACGCUGAUCAUGGACGUGGUGAAGAAGGGUUAUCUGUUCAGGCGAGGAUAUGUGCUUCCCACGUUCAGGGAGUACUUUUUCGUUCUGCAGCCAUGUGAGUUGACUUAUUACAAACACCACACGGAUCGUGAAGUGUGCGGCACGAUCGCACUCAACUCCAGGUUCAUGGUUAAGCCAAGCAUUUCGUCCUCGGGGAAGAUCGAGCGAAUUCAAAAGUUCACACUAGUCUCAGGCGAUCGAACGUUCGAGCUGGGCGCGCAGGAUCACAAGACACGUCUCCAGUGGAUCUCGGCACUGCAGUUGGCCAUUACGUACUCAACGGGUAGAGAAGGUUUCCAGCGGGACGCCGUCAACCGGAGGAAGCAACAGCGUGAGUUGGAGGCCAGAAAGCGUCAGGAAGAGGAACAGCUACGUAGCAUCCACCUCAGGCAACUUCAGGAAACCAACGUACAGUUGGAACAGGAAAAGCUGGCCCGUUUGGCCGCGGAAUCACAGGCUCGACAGUACGAAGCGGUCGCGCGGGAAGACUCUCGCCGAGUGGCCGAACUAGAGGACGUGAAGCUGUGCUUGGAGAAAAUGCUCGAAGAUGAAAUUCAAGCCAAACGCGACGAGGAGAUUGUCCGGGCGCUGCAAGCCCGCGUUCUGGCUGAAGAGUGGGAAAAACGUGAAGAGCUCGAACAGCUGCAGAUUGAGCAGAAAAACCUGCUCGAACUGGAACGACAAAAACGCAUCGAGUUCGAGCACCGCCAGCAGGAGAACGAGUCACGCUUCCGGGACGCCGAACAGAAGCUGCGCCAGCUCGAGGAUGAACGCAAAAAGCUCGACCGGGAGCUGAAGAUGGCCCGCCAAAAGAUCACACUGUCCGAGGAGAACAAGGGUAUUGUCGAGGCGAAAUUACAAGCCAUGGCUCCGACGUACCGCAAGGCACCAGACUUUAUGAUCCGCCGAACGCAGUCCUUUGUGGCGUCCGAUCGGCCUGUGGUGGUGGCCGUCCCGCGCUGAUUCCAUCCAACAGAAGGUUCUCGAGUCCUCGAGCAGUGCCAGUAUAAACUCUUGCUUUACGUUAAUGGGCGCGCACUAGGCAGAGAUUCCUAGGCAGGGACGCGUUCUUUCCGUUCUGGUGUAAAUUAUUAAAUUAUUGUUCGUUCGAAUCUAUGUGUAUUUAGCAGUAAGAAAUGCAAAACGUUUUAUUACUUUGUCAACGGUGCCCAACUAACUCGUUUUUUACGUGCAGCAAUAUUUAGGAAAUUAUGCCACAAAAAGAACAAAAAACAUUCCAUUUUAACACUCAAA